AUGAGCUCCACCUACUGUGCCUGGUAUCAGGAGGUGCUGAACUCUGUGCUCUUACUCCAGCUAGACAUCUCCGUGAAAAAGGGACAGGAUAAAGUCCAAGAAAAGUUCAUGAAGAACGCGCACACCACAGUCCCUAAGGGGGCUGAUCUUCAAGUCAUUAAGGGGAAGAUGGACUGGAGGAAAGGAUUCAGCAGUGGACGCAUGACCCAGGAGCACCCCAGCGCCCGCCCAAUCCUCGACAGCGUGGGACCCACACGGGGGGGGGGCGGGGGGGAGAGGCCAACUGCGGAGGGCCGGGCGCCCCCUGGCGGCCGCGAGCCCCGGGUCCUCCCGCCGCACUUGUUGACUCCCGGGCGCGGGCGCGGACGCUCCCUCCGGCGCCGCCUGCCGUCCGCCGCCUCGCAACUCUCCCGCCCCGCCCCCACCGGCCCCCCGCCUCACUCUCUGCCGCCCCCUAACUCGGGGCGUCCCCAUGGACUCCCCCGAGUGCCUCCAGCCAGGCUGCAGGGAGGACAAGAGUGCGAACAGUUCCGGGGUGACCAGGCCCAGGGGCGCUGUCCUGGCCGGGGUGCGUCGAGCCUCUGGCUCCGCGAAAGCAGCGUGGGGAGCGGCCCGGAGAGGAGCUCGGCUCCAGGCCCGGCCCGCGCCCCGCCGGCCCCCGGGGUCACCCCCACCGUGUGUCCCGAGAGCUGCCCAGAUCCCACUCGGAGCUCCGGGGCCCCUGGCGCACCCCCGCCGGCCCCCACUGCGGAGCUAGGCGCACUUCUGAGCCCUCAGAGACUGGGCCGCGACAAGGGGGGGCGGCCCCACUUGAGGCCGACUUACCUGGGGGUUCGGCCCAGGCCGCCCGCGCUCCCCGGCUGCCCUCUGGCGGCGGCCGCGGGUACUCAGCCCCGCGCCUCGCCCCGCCCUCCAACGACUUGUUGCUUCUGGCAGGAGGACCCCAACCUGAGGUCACCUGCUAGGCAAGGGCGUCACUAG